ACGCCUCGGGAUCCCCUCGGAAGAGCUGGAGGAAGUGGCUGCGGAGAGGGAAGUCUGGGCGUCCCUGCUAAAGCUACUGCCCCCGCGACCCGACCUCGGAUAAGCGGUAGAAAAUGGAUGGAUGGAUAAAAAAAUAUAUAUACACACAAAAAAUACACACACACAGUGCUUGCUUUCCCAUUUUGUCAUUUUACAAUAGUGAUAUGUUCGCACUGCAGACAUGUAUGUCAGGCAUGUGGCCCCGCCCGUUGAUUGGGUGACAGCUUGGUGCCUUGACACACCGGCCGGGUGUCCAUAUGCGCACACGCACAAUCGAACCGUGCAGGCUGACGAAGCUCCUUCACAAACAGAGUUUCAAGGAUGAUACACUUGAGAGCCCGAACGUGGUUGCUCUUUGGAAGUCUUAGCGUGUUAAUCGUCCAUCUCCUUAUAGAUUUUAUUGACCGAAAGAACAUUCACCACCAAGCAGGCAUGAGAGAGGAUCGCAGUAGUGUUACGGAGGCCGCCAACAAGACCAAACACUUCACCUGGCCAAGGGAAGUUUGUCACCAAAACAUGUCUGUAGCCAACAUGUCAGGCUUUGCCGCUCUCCCUGGUGGUAUUAAAGACUUUCUAUACUAUCGCCACUGCCGGCGAUUCCCUAUGCUGCUGGACCUUCCUCAUAAAUGCGGCGGAGCUGAUCAGUCGAGGGAUGUUUUCCUAUUAUUGGUCAUUAAAAGCUCGCCUGUGAACUACGAUCGCCGGGAGGUGCUGCGCAAGACCUGGGCUAAGGAACGAUUACACAACGGGGUUUGGAUCAAAAGAGUUUUCCUUUCGGGUACGACGAAUCAAGGCUUUGAGAAGAUGAGGCUGAACAAGCUCCUCCAAAUAGAGCAGCGCGAGUACAAAGACAUCCUCCAGUGGGAUUUUGCUGACUCCUUCUACAACCUCACCUUGAAGCAAGUGCUUUUCCUGGAAUGGAUGGAAAGAAACUGUCCAAAUGCUCGCUUCCUGUUAAAUGGUGACGAUGACGUUUUUGCCAACACAGACAAUAUGGUGGAAUUCCUCCAGAGCUUUCAAGACAACGAUGGAAGCAAACAUCUCUUCACUGGUCAUCUGAUCCAGAAUGUAGGGCCCAUUAGGUCACCUUGGAGCAAGUAUUACAUCCCGGUUCAGGUGCAGGAGUCGGACUCAUAUCCACCCUAUUGUGGGGGCGGCGGUUUCCUGCUGUCAGGCUACACAGCCUUAGUCAUAUACAAGAUGUCCCAUUCCAUUACCAUUCUUCCCAUCGAUGAUGUUUACAUGGGGAUGUGUCUUGCUAAAGCAGGGAUUGGCCCAAGCUCCCAUAUGGGGGUGAAGACAGCGGGACUGUACAUUCCUGCCAGCAAUCUAGACGGAUACGACCCUUGCUACUAUAGAGAUAUCCUGCUGGUCCACCGAUUCCUUCCGGCUCAGAUGUACCUCAUGUGGCACAGAAUACAUGAGCGUGCUCACAAAUGCGGUCCUUCUGGGGAGAAACUUGCAAUAAUUCAACAGUGACUUUUCUGGUAAAAAUCACUGUAUUCACGUGCAGAGAAGGGGUGGUCCUCCAUGUCUUCAUGUAGAUGGUUUGAGCAGAGCUUUGCACUCAGCUGGUGAGGAUGACUGUCAACAACAUGGCCAGGCAGUCAGUCAAACCCACUUCCCAGGAAAUGGAGGAGCAGCUGCCCUGUCACUAGAAGGAAUCAGGUCAACUUGUUCUUAUGAGAAAUGUUUCACGAGAAAAACGUGAGCACUUAUUUACAUUCCAUCUUUGUCCAACAACGUAAGCAUUAAUCAUUGCUCAAUGAAAAGCCUUAGGUUAAAAACACAAAAAAGAUCAAAUGUGUAUGUGAAAUAUCAAAUUGUUUAUUUUAAUGAAAAAAAUAAUUUGCAUUCUCAAAAUGUAUAUGUAUUUUUUAUUUUACUAAUUCGUUUUUAUUUAUAAUAAUGACUGGGGAAAAAAAUCAGUAAAUACAUUUUAAUCAAGCAAUUUUAUCUGGAAAAAUGGUAACAAAUAUUAUAGGGUUCUUGACGAUAUAAAUGCUUGGUGGCCAAGAUUAAAGAGCAGAGCAAUUAUGUGGCCCACUGGCCAUACUUUGCACACCUCUGCUUAAGGUUGUACAAGUCGAAAUUAAACUAAUAUAUAUAUAUAUAAAACAAAAUGCAGUCAUAUACUUGAAAUGUUAUAUUUUGCCACAAAUGUGCAUCAUUUAAAAGCAUUUAGCAUAUGGUGAAGGCGGAUUCUUUUUUUUUUUUUUUUUUUUUUUUUUUACAUAUAUAUACAAACGAAAUCUUAAUAUACUUUCUCAUUAUCGCUCUGAUAAACUUCUCGUGAAUCACCAGCUCAUCAGAUGGACCUUAUCAUUUAUUUAUUUCAUGACGCUUUAUGACACGUCUUUCUGGUACAAGUUUUAGUGCCCUUCUAUACUGCUGAUCGUUAUCGUCCACUCAUUAAGAACAAAUACAUUUGUCUUCAGCUUGCUUUACUUUUCAUCAGCACUUUAUCCGAUGUUGGUUGCUGAGGUUUGGAAUGGGUUUAGUUGGAAUCGUGUAAUAAAGCAUUCAACAACUCAUCUAUGUUUCCAUCCAAUUACACAAAAAUUUAAAGUGCAUGCAACAGCAAAGAAAACCCAAUCACUAUUUCCCAGUUCCACAUUAAUUAUUACUGUCACCAUGACACCAAAAGGUGCCUGAAAUUACAGCAGGAAAAUCAGUGAAAUAUUUUGAUUUAUCAUUAACACGAGAAAUAUUCAGCUAGGGUUAAUGUUAUACUUGGAUGUGGUGCAAAUAUGAGGAACUGCGGGAAUAUGUUUAAUCUUAUUGUAUGUCUAAUCUUGUCUGGACUAUGAAGGUUUUAUAAUGUUAGACCAAAUUAUUAUUCAUGGCACUGCAGAGUAGAGGAUUGUGCUUGGAUUCCUUCUUUUUUGCUGACAAUUAGGUUUUCUUUGUGUGUCAUUGUUAUAAACUGUUAUAAAUAAUGUCCAUGCGCUGAACAUGUAUCAUCCUACAUCUUGAGUUGUUUUGAUAUUUCAAUGUAUCAGAAUCAAAAUCAUCUUUAUUUUAUGUCAAAAAGUAUGUCAAGAAACACACAAGGAAUUUGUCUCCGGUAGUUGGAGUAUAUCUGUGUAUAUUUAUGCAUUGGUACUGAUGUUUGUUAUUUUAAGUUAAGUUUAAUGUAUGGUUUUGUAAAAUGUUAGUUUAUAUAUUGUCUCAGGGUUUCUAAGGUUGUAUGAUGAUCUUCUGUGAUUUAUGCUGAUGAGGUUCAGAACGUUCUUUACUGUGAUUCGCAUUGGAAACAGUGGGCUCUGUAUUGUAGUUGGGUGAAAUUAGUUUACAUUUUUUCCAUUUUCUAUUGCCUUUCAUUCGGACUUUGCAGGGAGAAGUCACUGUUGCACUGUUCAUCUGCCUUUGCUUUUGCUCCACAAAUAUUUGUAUGUAAAUGUGUUUAAGUCUGUUCAUUAAUAAAUAGAAAUAUCCAAA